AUGUUUGUGGCGGGCGGCGCGGCGGGCGCGGUGGCGCGCACCGCCACGGCGCCGCUGGACCGCGUGAAGCUGCUGUUCCAGGUGCAGGCGGUGCCUUCGGCCGGCACCUCGGCCACCGCCUACACGGGGCUGGGGCAGGCGUUCCGCAAGAUCCUGGCCGAGGAGGGGAUGCGCGCGUUUUGGAAGGGCAACGGACUCAACAUCAUCCGCAUCUUCCCCUACUCCGCCGCCCAGCUGUCCUCCAACGACCAGUACAAGCGGCUGCUGGCCGAUGAGCACGGCGAGCUGAGCGUACCCAAGCGCCUGCUCAGUGGCGCGUGCGCAGGCAUGACCGCCACCGCUCUGACGCACCCGCUGGACACGAUGCGGCUGCGCCUGGCGCUGCCAAACCACGGCUACAAGGGCAUGGCCGACGGCUUCCUGACUGUGGCGCGCAGCGAGGGCAUCCUGGCGCUGUACAAGGGCCUGGUGCCCACGCUGAUCGGCAUCGCCCCCUACGCCGCUCUCAACUUUGCCUCCUACGACCUCCUGAAGCGCUACGUGUAUGACGCGGGGGACAAGAAGCAGCACCCUGCGGCCAACCUGGUGAUGGGGGGGGCGGCAGGCACCAUCGCCGCCACUGUGUGCUACCCGCUGGACACCAUCCGGCGGCGGAUGCAGAUGAAGGGGGUGAUGUACACGGGGCAGCUCAACGCCUUUGCCACCAUCUGGCGCACCGAGGGCCUGGGCGGCUUCUACCGCGGCUGGGCCGCCAACUCGCUCAAGGUGGUGCCCCAGAACGCCAUCCGCUUUGUGUCGUACGAGGCGCUCAAGACGCUGGUGGGGGUGAAGCGCGCCAAGACAGACACGUGA